AUGCCUACUCGUGACAUUGUUGUUGAAGAAAAAUCAGGAGAAUUACAGAGAAUCAGUGAAAUACAUCCAUCGUAUCUCGCUCUUCAAUAUCCUUUGUUGUUUCCAAAAGGUGAGGAUGGUUACAGACCAGGAAUACGUAAAGGACCAGGUGGUGGAAAAAAUAAGAAUAAGAAUCCAGAUACAACCAAUGAGAAGAAGUGUAUCAGCAUGCGGCAAUGGUUUGCAUUCCGCAUACAGGAAAGGAAGAACGAAUCACAUAAUCUGCUAAUGUCCAAGAGAUUGUACCAACAAUUCUUAGUAGACGCUUACACCACUAUCGAAACAAACAUAUUAACUUAUCUCAAGCUGAAUCAGUCAACUGUGAGGGCUGCUAAUUAUGAUACAGUCAAGGAUGCUGCUAAUCAAGGCAACACAGAUCUGAAUGCUCAAGGAACUAAAUGUUACUUGCCAGCUUCCUUUGUUGGUGGACCUAGAUAUAUGAGGAAUAUGUAUCUAGAUGCAAUGACAAUAUGUAAGUACUAUGGCUUCCCAGAUUUGUUUAUCACCUUCACUUGCAACCCAAAAUGGCUGGAGUUGGUACGGUUUUGUUCAGCAAGAAAUUUGAACACUGAUGAUAGGCCAGAGAUUAUAAGUAGAGUCUUCAAGAUGAAGCUCAACUCUCUAAUGGAUGAUCUAAAAAAGAAACAUAUCUUAGGCCGGAUAUUGUCAUCUAUGUAUACAAUCGAGUUCCAGAAGAGAGGACUUCCCCAUGCCCACAUUUUAUUGUGGAUGCACCCAGAUUCAAAAUUGCCAAAAGCAGAAGACAUCGACAAGAUGAUAUCCGCUGAAAUUCCAAACAAGAAUAAGGAACCUGAACUAUAUGAGAUGGUUAAGGAUCUGAUGAUUCACGGCCCAUGUGGGUCUCUCAACAUGAAUUCACCAUGUAUGGAAGAAGGCAAAUGUUCAAAGUUUUUCCCCAAGAAGCACGAUCAGGUUGCUGUUGUUGUGGAGCCAUCCUCAAAAAAAAAAGGAGUCAAAGAAAGUUCGGCUGGCAACAAAGUUAGGAAGGAGAGUUCGGUUACAAAUUCUGAUGGUAACAGUAGUGGUGAUGAGAUAAAAGAUUUUUUCGAUUGCAGGUAUGUAUCAACUUGCGAAGCAGGUUGGAGAAUUUUGAAAAAUCCAAUAACUUACAGAUCAACAUCAGUUCAAAGGUUGUCUUUUCAUCUAGAAGGGAAACAUCUAAUUUAUUUCAAGGGUGAUGAUGAAAUACAAACCGUUUUGGAUAGAGGUGAGUUAGUCAAUUAUAUGUUCCUCGCUUGGUUUGAAUUGAAUAAGGUUAGUUCAUUGGCCAAAACAAAAACUUAUGCACAAAUUCUUGAGUUCUUCACGUACGAUGGGAAGAGAAAGAAGUUCAAUCUCCGGAAGAUACCAGGUGCUGCUAUUGGAAGGAUAAACUAUGUUCCUAUUGGUAUGGAAGAUGGAUAUUAUCUACGAGUGCUUCUAAACAGUCAGACAUGUCCAGAAUGUUUUGAUGACAUCAAGACUGUUAAAGGUGUCGUAUAUCCUACUUACGAAGAGGCAUGUUUUGCUCUUGGAUUGCUUGACAAUGAUCAGGAGUAUAUUGACGAUAUAGUAAGAACAAAACUCACUUUAUCUGAUGAGGAGAAGCAGAGGUUUGGCUUACAAGAUAUAGAUAACAUUUUAAAAAGCAAUGGAACAUCUUUGAAAGCUUUUCCAACAAUGCCUCAAGUACCAAAAGAUUUCCUCGAUGAUACAAAUGUGUUGAUUGUGGAUGAGAAAAACUAUAAUCGUGAUGAGCAGAAGGAAAAACAUGAUAGAUGGAUAAAGUCAAUGACAUAUGAGCAAAAACAAGUAUACAGUGAGAUCAUGGAAGCAGUGGAUAAUGACAUGGGUGGUGUAUUUUUUGUUUAUGGUUUUGGAAGAACCGGUAAAACCUUCCUCUAUAAGACUCUUUCAUCAGCAUUAAGAGCAAGAGGAUCAAUUGUCUUGAAUGUUGCAUCCAGUGGUAUUGCUUCUCUCUUACUAGCAGGUGGAAGGACAACACAUUCUAGGUUUGGUAUUCCUAUUAAUCCUCAUGAAAGUAGUGUAUGUACAAUGAGUCAUGGAUCUGAUCAAGCACAACUAAUGGCUGAAGCAUCUUUGAUAAUAUGGGAUGAAGCUCCAAUGAUGAGCAAACACUGUUUUGAAUCGUUAGAUCGAAGUCUCUCAGAUAUUAUAAAAGGAGCUGGUAACAGACCAUUUGGUGGAAAAGUGGUUGUUUUUGGUGGAGAUUUCAGACAGGUGCUACCAAUCAUUCCAAAUGCUGGAAGAGCUGAAAUAUGUAUGAGUGCACUAAAUGCUUCUUAUCUCUGGGAGCAUUGCAAAGUUAUGAGAUUAACCAAAAAUAUGAGGCUUCUUGCAAAGGAUUUGAAUCCCACAAAUGCUAAAGAGCUUAAGGAUUUUUCAGAAUGGAUACUUAAAGUUGGUGAUGGAAAGAUCGGUGAACCUAAUGACGGUGAAGCGAUGAUAUAUAUUCCUGAUGAGUUUUUAAUCACAGAAGCAGACAAUCCUAUUCAGGUUAUAAGCAGGGAGGUUUAUGGAGAUCCUAAGUGUUUGAAAGAAAAAAAAGAUCCACUCUUCUUUCAAGAAAGAGCAAUCCUAUGUCCGACCAAUAAAGAUGUUAGCAUUAUUAAUGAUUAUAUGUUUGACCAGCUAGAAGGUGAGAAAAGAACAUACAUAAGUUCAGAUUCUAUAGAUCCAGCUGACAAACGUUUUGAAAACAAUCCAAUCUUUACACUUGAUUUUUUAAAUAGUCUAAAGCUAUCAGGAAUGCCAAUCAUAGAAUACGAUUGA